AUGUCCUCGCCGGGAAGCUGCUACGCCGACAGACCCUCGCCGCCUUACUUGGACUGCCCAGUCAUCCCCAAGCUCAAGAUGUCCAAGGACCCGGUCCCGAUGUCCAAGUACAAGCCGAGAGGCGUCAUCAAGUAUUACCCAUUCGAAAGCGUUGACGAGCUGAGCCGAAGAGAGGUGAUGAGAUUCCGCGUCACCCCUUUCGGCCGAAUUCAGGAAUCUUGCGCCCACAUCCCUUACAACAGCGGCAAGAAAGACUUCUUCGAGAAGACUGGCCGGGAAAGCUUUGAGGUUUUCAAGUACGAGUUCAAGGUUCCCGGUGAGGAUAACGAGUUCACCGUCAUGUGGGACUACAACGUCGGUCUCGUUCGCAUGACUCCGUUUUUCAAGUGCUGCAAGUAUUCAAAGACUGUACCGGCAAAGAUGCUGAGCCUCAACCCCGGCCUCAAGGACAUCACCCACAGCAUCACGGGAGGCGCUAUUGCUGCGCAGGGAUACUGGAUGCCGUAUGAGUGUGCCAAGGCCGUGUGCGCCACAUUUUGUUACAACAUUGCCGGCGCCCUGAUCCCGAUAUUUGGACCCUCGUUCCCGUCCAUGUGCAUCCCUCCCGGGUCCCCGGACUACGGACGCAUGGUCAUCGACCACCGCAUCGUCGAGGAUGCUAUCAGAGAAGCCGACCUCUCUCGGAAAGUCCAACACCACGGUUUCCCUUCUGUCGGCCUGAACCACCUGCCCAGUAUCGAUCAUCGGCCAAUGCGUCCUCUGCGGGACGAUAGACGACUCCGCCUCAACACUCGUCUGAUGAGCCCAUACAGCGAUACGGAUGGAGACGCCCGCUCAUGUCCCGACUCGGCCUCAAGCAACGGCUCGGACAGCGUCAGCUACAGCUACGGAUUUCACCCGGCGCCGCCGCCGCUGCGCCAUCCGCCCCCUCCCACAUCUGGCUGGACGCCUGCCAACCGCCCCGCCGAGCCGUACCGUCUGGUCGACGAGAGCUACCGCUCACCCCACCCCUACCUGAGUGCCGUUCCUCGAUUCACCCCGUUGAACAGACACACCACCGCACCGCGUCCGCUAUGGCACAAGCGGCCCAUAGGCCACGACGAGAGCGACGGAGGUCGUGACAGCGGCGAGAGCACGCACGGCAGCAGCCCGGCUCUGAGCUACGUGUCGGAGCAGCGGCGCGAGGACGAGUCUGACGCCGAGAUUGCCGAGCAAAACGCUGCUCUUGGACUUAUGACGCUUCGGACUGCUCCGCGGAAGGAGCCUGGGUACCUUAGCGACGUGGACGGCCAGGACACGCACCGCAGCAAACGGCGGAGAGCCACUUCGGCGUGA